CCGCCGCCAGGCCACAGAGCCACGAGGGACCGCCCGCCACGCGCCGCGCUUUAAAAGCCUGCCCCGCGGCACUGGCGACAGGCGUGGAGACCGGCGAGACUGAGCCCCGGGCCGGCGCCCCAACGGCUGGCCGGAGCAGCCUCAUGGCGGGUAAGUGCCUUCGCCUCCCCUCUCGCGCCCCCGGCGAGGCGCCCCGGCCCCUCGGCCACCGGUUGCAGCACUUUCCUCGCCCCGUCGUCCCCGCUGGGACGUCGCCCCUGCCCGCCCGGCCUCGGGCUCCUAGCGCGCUGCGGGGAUGCAGUGAGGCCCGCUCCUCGCAGACAGUUGCGGGUCAGGAGAUGUGGAGGGCUCGCCUUCUCCCCACCCCACGGGAUCCAGACCCCAGAGCCCGGGAAGCCCCGCGCCCGCACGGACCCGGAGGAGGCACCUUCCCUGCCUGGCCUGGGCACCGGCGCGUGGGACGGAGCGUCGGAACGCUCUUGGCGGGCGCCGAGUGGAGCCUCCCAGGUCCCCGCAAAUGUGGAGGUGCAGGUGCCGGCAGCAGACGGUCCGUGUGUCUCCGUUUCCCACCCCCGCUGCUCACCUCCUCGUCCACACCCCACCUCCACUGCCUCCCACCGACACUCCUCAGUGGGCUCGCCUUGAUAAACGGUUGAGGGAGGGAGCGGGUUUUAGAGACAGGUACAGCAUUCAAGCAUGAGUCCAGCCUCUCACAGGUUCCAGGACCCCAAAGCAUAGGGCUCUAAGAGCGACUCAGGGCAUCAACCCUUCCUGGGCUUUCCUUAAGGGCGUGGUGCCCACACCCAGCUCACCCUCAGGCCUGAACAGGACUCCAGGGAAGAUGGAGGUUAUGGUAAAGAGAUGGUUUGAUUUCUACUCAGAAGCACAAGGAAAUGGUUCAUUUCAGCCAGAAUCCCCGGUCAAGGGCCAGCUGCUUUCCAAGGGAAACCAGAAGGCUCUGUCCAGGGCACUAGGACUGGACUCCAAGGGAAACAGCUUUUCCGCUGAGACCCAGCAAGCCCAGCAAGCAGCACCCCACCCCAACAGACACAGGAAGCCUGCUUCUGUGUUGCUUCUGGGGUCCAACCCAGGGGGUGGGGUUGCUGCCCAAAUUCUGCCCCCAGCAGGCCAGUGGGGUGCAGGGGAGGGGCUUUCCCCAGGUCUCACAGCCCCCUGGUUCCUGCCCCCAGAGGAGGUGGCCUUGGUAGUUGGAGGCAUUGUUGGGGGGCUGCUGCUGCUGCUGAUCGGGGUGAGCUGCUGGCUCUGGAAGAGGCUUUGUGCCGUGUUCACCUACGAAGAACUGCCGGGGACCACGGCUGUCUCCAGCGUACAGAGGGACAAGCUCUGCCUGCCGCGUGCCAAGACCCAGACAAGCAGACCACCGGGUACACCAUUUGUGGUGCCCCCUUCCCUCCAAGGCCGAGAUUGGGUUCCCCUGCACAGCAGAGAGGGGGCCCAGGCCCCACAGCACCCCUGCCCAGCCCCAGAGCUCCUGUCCCACACCACCAGCAGCAACCUUGGUGAACCUCCCAGCCCCUGUGUUGUAGGAGACGCGAGCGUGGUGGGGACCAUCAACCCAGAGCUGUACAAGUUCCCCGAGGACGAGAGUGAGACCGACUUCCCUGAGGGCUGCCUGGGGCGGCUGUGGUUCUCCGUGGAAUACCAGCAGGAGGCCGAGCGGCUGCUGGUGGGCCUGAUCAAGGCGCAGGGGCUGCGAGCCACCUUGGAGACCUGCAGCCCCCUGGUGAAGCUCCACCUGCUGCCCGACGAGCGGCGCUUCCUCCAGUCCAAGACCAAACGCAAAACCGCCAACCCGCAGUUCGACGAGCACUUCAUCUUCCAGGUGUCCGGCAGGAGCGUCAGCCAGAGGGUGCUGAGGUUCUCAGUGUACCACGUGGACAGGCAGAGGAAGCACCAGCUCCUGGGCCAAGUGCUCUUCCCCCUGAAGAAUGAAACCCUGCUGGGCAACUGCCGGCGCAUCUUCUGGAGAGACCUGGAGGCCGAGAGCCUGGAGCCUCCCUCGGAGUUUGGCGACCUCCAGUUCUGCCUCAGCUACAACGACCGCCUGAACCGCCUCACUGUGGUCGUGCUGCGAGCCAGGGGCCUCCGGCUGCAGGAGGAUGCGAGUUUUGUCAGUGUAUUUGUCAAAGUGGCUCUGAUGAAUCACAACAAGUUUGUCAAGUGUAAGAAGACUUCGGCUGUGCUGGGCUCCGCCAACCCUGUGUAUAGCGAGACCUUCAGCUUCAAGGCCGACCCCACCGAGCUGGACACAGCCAGCCUCAGCCUGACGGUGCUGCAGAGCGCCCAAGGGGACAAGAGCCACGAGCUGGGCCGGGUGGUGGUGGGCCCCUACAUGUACACCCGCGGCAAGGAGCUGGAGCACUGGGAUGAGAUGCUCGGCAAGCCCAAGGAGCUGGUGAAGCGCUGGCACGCACUCUGCCGCACCACCGAGCCCUGACGUGGGGCCAGACCUGCCUCGGGAGCCCGCUCUCCCCACAGUCACGUGUGGCAGCCGCAGGCCUGGACCUUCAUCCAGCACCUCACUGGGCUGCGGGGCCAGCCCGAGCCAGGGAAACAUGAGUGCUGGUGUGCAGGAAAGAAGAGAGGACAAGAGAGCCCCGGCCCGGGUCAGCAGUGUGGCCGGUUACGUGUCGCCAGCCUGAGACACCGUCCCGACUGACUCCGCCCUUCUAUACCCAUGGGGCUGCCUGGGCUUAGAAUCCCAGCUCCCAGUCACCACAGUCCCGAUUUGGACCAGAAUCUCAGGCGUUGGGAAGAAAUACUCUAUUUAGUAAUGCACAGCUGUGUAUGUUGGACCAAGUGCAGGGUAGACUUGGGUUCCACCAUCUUGGGAAGCUGGUGAUGUGUUGAUGCUCGACUCGCCCUGCUUUUCAGCUGUGGUUUCUCUGCCUUCUGCCUAGCAGAGAAAACAGACUGCUCCGGGAGAAAUAAUGGUGGAGGGGUGCCCAAAGCGCUUAUUUCGGUUGGUCCACAAUAAAUAGCACAGUGUGAGAGUGGGGUUCUGCGUGUAGGUGUGGAGCAGCCCCGGGAGGCCUGGGCAGCGCAGCGUGCCCACAGCUCAGGAGCGAAAGCUCCCGGGGAUCCAGACUCUCUGGCUUCAGGACCUGCGGGGGAAUGCUGUGCGCAACCCGCCCACGUACCAAGUAGGGGAGAGGUUCUCAGCAUCUGCUCUCUGUGCCAAGUGAAGAGUGCCUCACCUGUGUGUUAGAUCCCUCCCCGGGGCUAUGUCAAAUCCCGCUCCACAUCACGUCGAGUCUUGCCCACAGCCCCUCCUCCGCAGAGUCCACAGCCUCGCACCUUGGUCUCGCAGGUGCGCUGCCGCUGGUUUCUGUGGUCCCCUCCCUGGGUGACAGCAUGCCUCUCCCGGGGCUCUCACUUUGGGCAGGAAAUGGUGAGAGCACGUGGCCAAAGCGUAACCACAGGGCUGAGAGCUUUUCCUGACACUAACAACUCCAUUACGAUGUUUGUGUUGUGGUGGUGAAGGUGUAGAGUUCAUCAGGAUGGAAGUUCCCACCAAUCGCCGGCAUCAGCUCCCCGUGAAGUUGUGCUCGAGGGAAGGAGUGCUUGUCACUGUUUCUUAACAGAGUUUGUGUUUUCACCCUAAUGCUGUUGAACUUGCAGUCAACACAUUGUUACUAUAUAACUAGAACAAAGCUUUAAACCAGUAUCAUCUCUUAUUUUAUGCAGUGAAGCAACUUCAGCAAAACAAAGCAGCGAACAUUACACUGGGUUUGUGUGCCUCUUUGCCUUCAUAUUGUGCGUGGAUCUCUGUUGAUGCAAGCUUUGCCCAGCAGUGGUCCCUGCAGACAGAAUACUUGUGUUUGCUUUUUCUCGCUUUUUCCACAUGCACAUUUUCAGCAUAGUCCUUGCUCCGGUGAUUUCAAAUAGUGUUACAGCACACACAGAGUGGGAGUUCUCUAUGUGGGUAUAGCAGGCCACAAAAAUGGAACUGUUUCCAUUUCACCAGGGUCCUGAGACAAUAGGUGACAACCCCCACAUUUCAAAGUGAGGUUCAUGCCUAUCAGUGGCCUUUUCAGGGCCACUUGGAAAUAUUGGUAAGUACCCACUUUGCAGGACGGAGUGGACUGGUGCGUCGGACUCACAGCUGAAAAAUCUCAAUGGCAAGAGCCUGGCAGUUUCUCUGCUCUGACAGAGAGGAAGACGGGGCUGCUAUAUUGAGCUGGCCCCUGUAUCAGACACGGUCAGGGCAAAAAAUACAUGAGUGCUUCACAUGGACCAGAGAGAGCUGGCCUGGGUCGUCUCAAUCCUGUCCACCAGGUGACCCCAGCAGAAAGAAGCCCUUUGCAUUUCCAUAAAACAUUUUAGAAUCAGCUUGUCAAUUUCUACACCAAAAAAGUAUUAGAAUUUGAUUGGAUUUUCAUUAAGUGUAUAGACUGGUUUGGGGGCCAUUUGAUAUCUUUACAAUAUUGAAUGUUCAAUUCGUUAACAUAGCGUAUCCCUCCAUUUCUUUAGGUCUUUUGCAAAUUUUCUUAAAACUGUUUUGUGGUUUGUCUCCUUGCACACUUUUCAUUAGAUUUAUUCUUAGGUGUUCAUUUAUUUGUUUCUAGUCUAUAGAGAUUCUGUUGAUUUUGUAUGUUGACUUUGUAUCUUGUGAGUGGCCUUGCUAAAGUCGCUUAAAUUGUAAUUGUUUGCCUAUAGAUUCUUUGUAUUUUCUUAGUAUAUAGUCAUGACCUCUGCAAAUGACAGUUUUAUUUCUUCCUUUCCAAUCUUUUUGUCUCCUUUGUCUCUUGCCAAAUUGCAGUGGCUGGGCAACUGGACAAGAAAAGAAAUAAAAGGCAUCCAGAUUGUAAAGGAAGAAGUAAAACUAUAUUUGCAGAUGGCAUAGGCUAGUAUAUAGAAAAUCCUAAGGAAGCCACAAAAAACUAUUAGAGCUAAAAUAAACAAGUUCAGCAAGGUUGCAAGAUACAAGAUGAUAGACAAAUUGCAUUGGCGAGGGCCUCCAGCAGAAUGCUGACUACAGGUAGUGACAGUGGGUAUCUGUGUCUUUUUCUCACUCUCGGGGGGUGGAGGGAGAAGCUUUCAAUAUCCACUAUUGAGUAUGAUGUUUGCUAUAAGACUUUUAAUAUACUCAUGAUUAUGUAUUCUCAAUUUAAGUUUUUUUAAUCACAGUGUUAAAUUUUAUCAAAUAUUUUUCUGCAUCUUUUGAGAUAGUCGUAUUUUUCUCCUUUAUUCUUUUAAUGUGAUGAAUUACAUGGAUUGAUUUUUGAAUGUCAAAGCAAACUUACAUUCUUGUAACAGCAACCAGUGGGGAUAUGUGUGUGUGUACACACAUGUAUGAUAGUACUUGGACUUGUUUAUUUAAAAUUUGGAUUUACUUGCUGUGACAAUUUUUUAUUGCUUUUUAAUAUCCUUACAUGUCAGCAUCAUUUUUUUAUUAGGACUUUACUUUUUUUAGAGCAGUUUUAGGUUCACCUCAAAAUUUUAGGGAAGGUACAGAGAUUUUCCAUAUACCCCUGUCCCCACAAAUGCAUAGCCUCCCCCAUUAUCAACAUCCCCCACCAGAGUGGUCCAUUUGUUACAAUUGAUGAACCUGCAUUGACACAUCAUGAUCACCAAAGUCCAUAGUUUACAUUAGAGUUCACUCUUGGUGUUGUACAUUCUACGGGUAUGGACAAACGUAUAAUCACAUUUUUAAGUAUUUUUGCAGUUGUGUUCAUA